CUCUCCUGCGUGUUCUUCCCUCCAGCAUGGCGCUUCCACUAACUGAAGAUUCUGUGCACUCCUUAGUUCUCACGCCGCCUCCGCCGCUCCCCUCGGAUAUCAAGCGUUACAAGAGGGAGGCCUUGGAGCGGGAUACAGACUUUCUUGCUCUCCGUCUUCUCAACAAGAGGGUGCGCGUCAAACUGUCGCCAGAAGUCGUCGGUGUCGAAGGUCUUCAAGGGCGGGCAAACCUCUUCGCUAUCGCAAAUCACAGAGGCAUCUUCGCCGCUGUUGUCCGAGCUUCUAGCUCGGAAUUCCAUAUUGUUGUUUCUCCACUCGCCGACCUGCGUACUGCAUUCGCCUCUGAGUCAAGCGAUGACAUUCCGUUCGCACCAAGGAAGCGAUUCCCAUUGACUGGAUUUCCCAGUAUCAUCAAAUUCGCAAACAAUGAAUCACGCUUACUAAUCACCUUCAACGAUGGGACCCUGGCAGUGUAUGAUGUCGGGGCUCUCAUCGAAGAUGGCCCAGCCACUCCCCUACAUACUUUCCCAUCCGUGAACAAUCUAAUCAUCCUACAGGUUGAGCCGAAUCUCGGCGAGCACCCUGAGCUCGUUGCGGUUCUCCGUGACUUCAGGAAAUCGGAGGAAAACCAUCAUGUGGCGGAACUGUAUGAUGUCCAAGCUCUGAAGCCGAGAGGAGGCUGGGUACGCGGUAGAACGCCUAGAGAGAGACCGACAUCCGUGUUCUGGUCUCCUACUGGCAAGGAAGUGGCGUUGGGUCUUGAAAGUGGAGAAAUAACUGCAUACGACCCCACCAAAGUAUACGUCAUGACUGCUGUUGUACCGAGGGCUGGUGAUACUGCACAAGCCGUCCUCGGUGCAAAGUGGCUCUCUAAAACGGAGCUAUUUGCAGCAUAUACACCUUCCCCUAUCUCAGUCGAGAACAGUCAAGCGCACUUUGGCAUCACGUUGGACCUCGAAGAAAAGAAAUUUACGACUACAAGUUUCCUACCUCUCUAUCUUCCGUUUCCUGGGUUGCGUCCACCUGCAACCAUCAUGCCCAUGCUGCGCGAUUGGGAUCCGGCGAAGUAUCUCAUAUUCGUCACAGAUGCGUGCACGACGGAUAUAUCGUUGAUAUCGAACAUCAACGACUACUGGUUCAAGCAGGAGCUCGAGGAGUCUUCGACGCCUACAGUGCCCCUUGACGAGGAACUGAACGAAACAGUACUUCUCGGCAUGGAGUUCGACUUGACCGAUAACGCCCCAUAUCAAUUUAUAGGUGCAUCAGAAGAGGUUACCGAGUUGCCUCCUUCUCCGAUCUUGUACGCGUACGUCACGGAUGGGACGAUCAUUGGCUGGCAUGUGGUCAAUACCAAGGGUUUUCCGUACCCAGGAAUGGUCCACAUGGCAUCACAGCCCAUUCAGCCGCAGGAAAGCCAGAUGCCUGCAGCUCCGCCCCCUGCAGUCAUGGCAACAGGCGCGAUCCUUCCACCUCCAGAACCAUCACCGAUAGAGGUUGAAAGCCCUGCUACGACGAUCGCGGCUACUGCAACAUCGUUCCAAGCUCCUCAACCUGUUCCACCUACCCCUGCAAGCCCCGUGGAUGACGUCAUGGCAUCUGAAGCGGACAACGGACUCUUAAGCCUCUCUUUAGGAGAAACUGGUGCUGCUCAGGAUGCGUCUAAAGAGAGGCCGUCGAUGUUCGGCAAUUUCCCAACUGCCGCUUCUGGCGAUGCUGGUCAAUCAUCACCCGCUGGAUUCAGUGGUGAUAAUAUGAAACCAGUCUCAGGAUUCGCUGCCUUUGGUGGCUCUUUUGGUGCCUUUGGGAGCAGCGUACCCUCUAGUACACCCACAUUGUCAUCUUUGAAUGAAGCCAAAACGCAGGGAUUCGGGCAGUCUGCUUUCGGACAGCCGUCGUCGUUCGGUAAGAGCUUUUUCGCUCCGCCUGCGUCAGGACAUGCAGCAUUUGGUCAGCCAACGUCUAGUCAAUCGGCACUCAGUCAACCGAUUACUACCCAGCCAGGAUUUGGUGCAUCAGGCUUUGGUGCAUCAGGUUUUGUCUCAUCUGGGUUUGUCUCAUCAGGGUUUGCCGCAUCCGGUUUCGGCAGCUCGUCUUUUGGAAAACCGCCUUCUACCUCGCAGCCCGCUGCUUCAUCUAGCGGCAGUGGCUUUGCUGCUUUCGCAGAGACCUCCCCGGCAACGUUGAACUUUGGAACGACGACAGAUACCAAGCCUGCUUGGACCGCCACUCCGAGUAGUGACAAUCAGGAGAUGGAGGUAAGCGCCAAGGAGCAGCCCCAGCCCGCCUCCAGCGGAGGGCAGACGUCAGAUCUGUUCAGCUUCCGCGGGUCAUCACAACAGGCUGCGACUACAUUCAGUCAAUCGCUGUUCGGCGAACAACCACCUAGCUCUCCACAGCCCGCCGUGUUGUCAGAUUCCAGUAAUAAUGCUUUUACCGCCUUCGCAUCGUCGGGUACUGCAACAUUUGGCUCAGCGUCGUCAAGCACAGAGCCGAAGUCGGCGCUGACGAUGGCUGCAAGUAGUACAGAUAUCAGUGCAACCAUCAAGGAGCCGCCAAAAUUUAGCUUCAGCUUUGGAGAGCCGCCCAAGCCAUCAGCGUCCACCGAGUCCUCUAAGGCAUUCUCCACUUUCGCGGCGACAAUAAAGCCACCUACUUUGAACGAGCCGUCUAAGCCUUCCUUCAGUUUCGGACAGGCGGCUAAGUCGACCACGCCAAACGAGUCAGCACAGCCAGCAACGGCUGCAUUUGGCCAGAUUUCCUUUGGUCAACCUCCGUCGUUUGCUUCACCAUCGGCCGUCGGAUCUGGUAGCGCUUUUGCGGCAUUCGCUCAGGCUAGCCCAAGUACCCUUGGUCCUGUUCCAUCCAAGCCGGAGACGAAGCCUGUGUGGGCCACAACAUCAAGUGGGCCUGCUGUUAAGACGGAGGCAGAGGCAAAGGAGCCAUCCAAGCCGGUCGUUGAUGGAGAGCAGGCAAUCAAAGCCGCCCCUGCGCUUAUGCCUUCAUCUCAACCUGCUCAAGAAUCAGUUCAAGCUGGGACGUCCAGUUAUUCUGCCCCUGAGCCUGGAGCCUUCGGACAAUUGAAAACAACACCGUAUGGAUUCGGGAAAAUUGACACCGGUUUUGGUGGGUUUGGCACUCCUAUAUCGGCAUCCUCACCAUUCUUCAAGGCAGCAAAAGGAAUGGAAGGGUCGCAAUUGGCAACUGGAAUCCAAUCUGCCUUUAGCCCGACUUCAAUUCCAGGAAGCAGUACUUCUGCCUUCGCCAAUCUGAAUGCUGGGACGAAGAGUGACGCAAUACGAGGAUUAUCCCCUGCAUCUCCUAAAUUUGUCACAGCUUCGGUACGGCGCCCGCUUCCGAGAAAGAGUUAUGAAGAGAUGAUCCGAGAAAGCGAUGCCGAGCAUGGUUGGGCGGCUAGUGAAGAGAAAGGGGAAGAGGAGCAAGAAGCAUCGGAGGACGAGAGUAGCUCAUUCCUCUCCGAAUCGUCGUCUGAAGAGCUGGGGAGCGGGUCAGAAGAGGAAGAGCUGGCAGAACCGCGUCCUGACAUAAAAGAGGUUCCUUCUACAUCGCCUGCAUCUGCUGAACAUGUUGUGGAGUCUACAGCAGCGAGAUCUGAUGCCGAGAAGUCUGCUUCUCUCUCCAGUGGGAUCCCUUCACCAGCCGGACAAGAGAAGGCACAGAGCUCCCCCGUGGCUGCCUCCAGUACCACCCCUCCGGGAUCUCCCAGUGGCAUGACGUCGACCCCUUCCGCAGCGCAGAUGCCUCCACCUCCUGUUGCACCGUAUGUAUCACAGGCUUUCAGUUUUGGUAGGCCGUCCACCCGUCCUGUACGCAGUUCGCCUUUGGCGAGCCAGUCGGUCACCAGCGACGUUGAUCAUAAAGCCGAGCGUACUGCAAAGCCCGAACUUGCACCAUCCCCCUUCUCACUGAGUACACUUCAAGACUCUCUAGCAAAGGCUACCCCCGAAUCUAAACCUCCUCACAUCCCAGAGUUCAAGAUUCCCCCCUUCCCGUCAUCGUCAGUGAAAAUGCCUCCUCUACCGUCGCCCAACUUCUCGUUUGCGCGACCAGCGAAUGCACCUACUCUGACGUCGCAAUCUAAGCCACCGUCAUUUUUCUCUCUGGUAUCGCCUAGUCCAUCGGGUGCAGCUUCCGCCAGUGGUUCAAUGUUGAGCCCUAAACCCGCAACUGAGACUGCCUUGUUAGGCACCAGGCCGGUAUCAGCGCUGCCGCAGACAAGGCCUGCGUCUCCGUUCGCACCGCUGCCAGCUGCGUCGCCUCUUGUGCCGUUACCGGUGCCACCAGCGCCCUUCAACCUCGCCUCAGGUCUCAAAAUUCCACAGGUUUCAUCAGGGGCACCCGGCUUCAAGGCACCUGCAUUACAACCAUCCCAACCUAGCGGCGUGUCAGAACAAGUAAAGGCGGCGCAAAACUUACAGAACGAAUGCCUGAAUUUGCACGAAGUCCUUACGAAGGAGUUCGAAAAGGUGCAAUUUGCCGCACAAGAUGCACGCAAUAGAUGCGCCACUCUAUACAGGGCCCACGGUGGUCGUCAUGUCGUGUCGGACCUCGGAGACUCAUCAAAGUGGGCCAUCGGUGACUCCGCGCAAUUAGAACAAAUCGUGCGAUCGGUUCAGCAUGACCUGGCAAUUCUCAAGGAGGAGAAGUUAGCUUGCAUUGCAGCUAUCGAGCAAGUUGAGGGCUCAAUGCUGAAAGCAAGUACCCGUAGAGAGGAGAUCGCUCAAUUCAGCGAGGCCUCCAGAGACCCGGACUUUGCCAGAAUGUUGGAAUCGAGGACGUUGGGGCCGGAGCAUUUGGAGACGCAGAAGCAGCUCAGAAGGGAUAUCAGAGUCCUACGCGACCGAGUACAGCAGCUCGAGGGACAAAUUCAUGAGUCAAAGAAGAAGCUGGACUUGUUCAAGAGUCGCAAGACUGGAUUACACGCACCCUCGCUGGAUACCAUCAAUCGUAUCUACCGCAACAUCGAUCAGGCGAUUCAACAGCAGGAAGACGGCGUUGCAGAAUUAACUGCUCGUACCGCACAGCUGAACCUGAAAUUGGCGCAGGAGGCGUCUCCAACAGAUUACAGGCUGUCAUGGGAGAAGAGUUCACGUCGUCGUGAGCUGACGCCCACCGUUGCACGGUCGACAGCGGCUGCUCUGAACGCAGAGAUGUCGGCGCACAAACUCAAACGUGCUCUGUCGAUGGCUCGGAAAGAGCCUUUAUUGAAUGAUCAGGCAGUCUCCAAGCCAAUGACUAUUCAACCGAGGGCCAGUCUCGCUCAGAAACCAGAAUCUAUGGAGCCAUCGUUGUCAAAUUUGAAUAGUUCGUUCACCGAAGUCGCAGAUGAUCCAUUCGCGAGCGAUGAUUCGUCCGAGCUGUCGCACUCUGCAGGUCCUGGUCACCGACUACGAGUAAUCUCCAAACGCCAUGCGAAAGCGAUUCCUCUGAAGAAAGCGCCUUCUAGCAGCCCACCGGCUGCGAAGUUUGACUGGGGCCCGCUACCUGGAGUCAAACCGAUGCAAUCGUUACCUGUGGAUCUCAGGGAAAGGGGCACUCCCGCAUCGGAUAGCGGACCAUCGCUUUCGAGUUCAUGGGUCAUGGAAGGGUUUGGGGAACGCAAGUGAUUUUACUCAAGACACAGAUUGUAACAUAUUGUGCGUGCGGCUUUUUUGGUAUAGGUGAAAUGUACAUACACAUAGCAACGUUUUUGUAUACGAUUAUAUCAUUCAUCUGGAGUCUCUCCUGCUUGUUCGGUUGUGUGAUUUUGAUCUUCUGACUGUUCAAAUGGAUUAUAGAUGAUGGAUUCCAGAUGAGCGAGUGCUGCCUGACAGAGCACGAAGAUAUCUAGUACGGAUUAUAACGGUUAUUAUUCAGGAAAUCGCUGCGUACCCGCCCGA